CUAAGACUAACACAGAGUUGAAGAGUGCAACUUCAUUGGUCGGUUCUCAAGGGCUGCCGGUCACUGAAGCGUAGGCUCCGCCCAGUAGUCUCUCCCAACUGGUUCCUAUAGCUUAGGCUUUCUUUCUCUCUUCUAUCUAAUUCAGUCACUGAGGAGCGGUCGCAAGGGCGGGUUAUCGCCCAGGCAGUAGAUUAAAUCUUCUCUUGUGUUCGGGUUUUGGCCGGUUUCUAUAUCCGCUGCCGGCCCCUUGUAGAAGCGAGUGACUCCAGCCGGAGCUUUAGGCCGUUGUCGGAGCCCGAGCUUAGGCGGUUACUCAGCACAACGGACUCCUUCGGCUUACCGGCGGUGGUUGAAGGGAAAGGGCCGACCGUGAGCGUGCCUGCGAGUUUACAAGCGCGGCGCCACCGCCCAAAGAGGCAGUUGGACGCGGCCGCGCGCUCUUCGCGGAGCGCGAGCUGAGAGUGACCAGAAGAGUGUCAGUGGAUGGCUGGGAGCACUGCUGGAUUGAAGAUUGGAAGAUGAACAAUCUUUCAUUUAGUGAGCUGUGCUGCCUGUUCUGUUGUCCACCAUGCCCAGGCAAAAUAGCUUCCAAAUUGGCAUUUUUGCCCCCAGAUCCUACAUAUACAUUGAUGUGUGAUGAUAGUGGGAGUCGCUGGACUCUACAUCUUUCUGAACGAGCAGACUGGCAAUAUUCUUCAAGAGAAAAAGAUGCCAUUGAAUGUUUCAUGACUAGAACCAGCAAAGGUAACAGGAUUGCCUGCAUGUUUGUGCGUUGUUCCCCUAACGCCAAGUAUACUUUGCUCUUCUCGCAUGGCAAUGCUGUUGACUUAGGUCAGAUGAGCAGUUUCUACAUAGGACUUGGUUCACGGAUUAACUGCAACAUAUUUUCAUAUGAUUAUUCUGGAUAUGGAGCAAGUUCUGGAAAACCAACAGAGAAGAAUUUAUAUGCUGACAUCGAUGCUGCUUGGGUAGCUCUUAGAACAAGAUAUGGAAUCCGCCCUGAAAAUGUGAUUAUAUAUGGCCAAAGCAUAGGAACAGUGCCAUCUGUGGAUCUUGCUGCUCGUUAUGAAAGUGCUGCUGUAAUUCUUCAUUCUCCUCUGACCUCAGGAAUGCGAGUUGCUUUUCCUGAUACUAAGAAGACCUACUGCUUUGACGCAUUUCCAAACAUUGACAAGAUCUCUAAAAUAACAUCCCCGGUGUUAAUAAUCCAUGGGACUGAAGAUGAAGUGAUUGACUUUUCACAUGGCCUAGCAUUAUUUGAACGCUGCCAAAGACCUGUGGAACCACUGUGGGUAGAAGGGGCAGGACACAAUGAUGUUGAGCUUUAUGGACAGUACCUUGAAAGAUUAAAACAGUUUGUGUCGCAUGAACUGGUGAAUUUGUAAAUUGCUUUAUAUAGUUACUUGCUGAUGAAUUUCAUGGCAGAACUGUAGAUCUUGAUAGCCACAGCAUAAAACCUGACGGUUUUGUUUUCAAAUCGGGUCAGUCGCCUUCAAACGUGUACAGGUAAUGAUUUGUAAACAUAAUUAAUGAAGGUUUUAAUACCAGUAUUAGCUGGAACAGUGGAUGUUGGGGAGAAGCUUGUCUAGUUAAUAUUUUGUGCAAGUUUUCUUAGACUAAUACAUAAGUCAAUUUGCCCGUUUUUCUUAAGAUGUACAAAAAUCAUAGAAAAGAAAACAAUUUUAAUUAUGUAAAAUCAAAUACUGUAAAAGUGUUGCCAAAUGCUUUAGCAUAUCAAACAGGUUUAUAUACAAUAUUUUUUAAACAUCUCAAAUUAUACUGUGAUCUACUCUGUUGCACAGGUGUAACUGAAGCAGUUGUAAAGUACAAAUAGCCAUUAUAUUUGAAGGAAUAACAAAGAAAAAUGAAAACUACUACUGGAGUUUACAGGCCCUAUUAUAUAGGGAGAAAGUCAAAACAAGUGUUUUAUUAUCUUUCAUGUCUUGUUCUUAACGUUUUUCUCUUUUUCUGAAUGUUUAAUGGCCAAAAAUGCUUAUUUAGCCAUUUGUGUUGCUCUGCAGAACAGAGGCACAAAUUUGUGAUUUUUAGAACUACUCCUAGUACUAGGGUCAAUAUCAAAGCAACUAAAUGCAGCGGUUUCUCUGAAAUCAGUACGAAAUACAAAGAUCAUUGUGGCCAUUUUGGGAUCCAUCAUGUAAAGAAACAGAACUUGGAUGAUAAGAAACUAAUAUUUAUCUGCCUUUUUUGUACUGGCACACAUACAAAGUUGCUGUUGCCAUUUCAGAUUUGAUUUGAAUGUUUGUAAGUGUAGGAUUAAUUGUUUCAAUUAUUAUGAAAAUUCUAUUAAUGUACUCCUAUAUAGUGAAAUGAAUGUUGACAACUCAUGGUAAAAUAAGUUGCCUUUCCCUUGAAUAAUUUUUUGCUUGAAUAAAAUAGACCUAAAAUGUAGCCUAAUUUGUAAACAAAGUAAUACUCAAAUACACACUGUGCUUCUAAUUUUAAAGCCUUACAUAGUUUACUUGUUCUGAUCGUUUUCGUGAUUGAUUGGGAUAUUGUAUAAUGUGUUAUGUAUCGUGACUGCUUAGAUUCUUGUGUUCAACUCAAAUAACAAAUUCCACACACUUGAGACAAGUUUUUCCUGCAAAGCAUUGUCUGUAAAUUCCUGACUAGUCAAUUCUCUGUGACAAGAAAAGAGCUAGAUAGCACAAUUCCCUAUGGCUGAAACAACUUGCCCAAACGCGCUACUUCUAUUAUAUUGACCUCUUUUUUUCAUAAUCCAUUUCCACUUUAGAGAGUCAGCUCGUGUUACUAUAUACUUUGCUUAAAUGAAGUCAUGCUGGCUUCUAAUUAAAACUUUGAAUAGUUUUUAUGUUUUAAUAAAUGAAGGACUGAACAUAUUAAUUAUAUAGGGUGAGUGAUUUAUGGGUUAUCACAGUGGAUAGCAAAUACUUGUCAAAGUUAUUGGAUUAGAGAUGUAUUCUCUGGGGUCCACCCCACUAUAUGUAAAUAUUAUGUCAAGCCCCAGUUGAAACACAAUGUAACACAUUUUGGUGCCCCAUAAUAUGUAGAAAAAAAUCUGAUUAUUGGUCACAGUUAUUGUAGAAAGUCAGCACUGUACCAUCUGAGUCACACUGAAGUUUGUCGACUUGAUUUUCUAUGUGCAGGAGAGUGAGUUGAAGUGAUGGUGGUAAAGCAAUUAGAUCAUAUGUAUGAACUGCCAUGGAGCUGUAUAAGUCAAAUUAAAGGUUUUCUGCUAUUGUUAAUCAAAACCACACACCCUGUUAAGAUUUAUAGAUGCCAUUAUGAUUCAGUUCAUUAAAAAGUUGAGACCACAAACUGGAAAUGGAUGCACCAGCUUUGCUUCAUACUCUGUGAGAUAGUUUGACUUAGCAUAUGAUGUUAAGUGCCUAUGUAAAUUUUGGCUUACAGUACUGCAAAAUAUGCAUACAUUCGUAUUAGUAUGGCCGUUGAAUAUGUCACUGAACUUAUCUGAGCUAUUUUAUACUGUGAAAGUAGAAUUUUUAUAGCUUGAUCACUACACAGUUAUCUCUUUAUUUAUUCUGCUCUAACAAAUCAAACAGCUUUGUUGUUCAAUGAAAGCAAAAAUUUAUUUAGUCAUUAAAAUCUAACUUUACUUCUGUUUGUUUAAACAUUGAAUAGUUCUAGAGAAGUUCUGCUAAAGUUUCUAAUAUCUAGUAACUGUCAGAAGGAUUCCUAAAUUUUUUUAUCCAGAUGCCAUGUUUUGACAAGUGACAAUUGGCUCAAUUAAUUGCUGGGAGAAACCCUAACAAUUGACUUUCAGCUCAGAUUAGUACAAGGCAUCAUAGCAUUGUUUGUUCUUUGUUUACUAUUUCAUGUGUAAUUCGAAACCUUAAUAGUUUUUCACAUGAAUGUUACUCCAGUAUAGCUCAACUUAAUUCCAAUGUCAGUCGAUGUACACUUUCACAGAAACUUACAUUUAACCUAGGAUUUGUUUUUAUUUUAAAAAUGAAGAAAAAUCAGGGCAGUGAUGUAGAUGGCAAUAUAUGUGCUGCAAGAGCUACCCAGGGGUUGGUACCUGUUAACUUCUCUAGUACAUGUAUGAAUAACAGUUUGUCUUUGGGUGGAGACACAGCUUAUUAAUUCAUGGCAGGGUGGCUGCAACUAUGUGAUGUGUGUAUAUUUAACUUCUAGUUGUAUAGUAAGCUAAGUUUUAUUAUGCCCACACUACCCCACAUUUGAGAUUGUAGCUGUGAAGAAUGUGGGAGAAUUUACCUCAUUGUAUAGCUUGACGCUACAGACAACUGUCCCACUGGUUGAAGUUCUCUCUCAAUGACUUUACAAGUGGCUGUUAUGUGGUAUAGUCCUUUCCUAUCCAUUCUGGGGGAUUUUAUGGGUAAAAUUGUCAUUUAUCAGCUAGUAAAGAGGCAGGCUGCAACCUCGGUUUGUGGUAGGCCAGUAGACAGUAAUUACUAUCAUUAAAAGGCUAUAAUGUACUCCCCCUCCCUUUCUAUUUGGAAAAAUAUAAUUUGCUUUGCCAUGCCAGGAGUAUUAAUGAAUUUCAAUAAACCUGAUGUUCAGCAUAUUAACCAUUGUGGCUUGGAAAACAUUGAUAGGUGGCAAUAGUAAUGAAGACCACCCUGGGCUCCUGCCGGAAGGGUGGGAUAUAAAUAAAAUAAUAAAUAAAUAAGACCAGGCUACCAAAAUAUAUCUUUGGAAAUUACUGAAAAUAAAUUCAAGUUUACUUAUGGUUAGUAGAAUCAAACUAUGCUACUCAAAACACAUUUUGCACAAGGCUUUUAGGAGAAGGUGAUGGGAUUGAAGAUGGCCUUAUUUUGUCUAGGGCGGUAAGUAUGGCUUCUAAACAUAUGCAGUAGGGCCCCACGUUUCUGUGGCCCCGGCAUUCUGCUACUACAGCGGCUUUCAAUCAGAGUCAGGCCCCACUCAUACGGCGCUUGUUCUACUUUUACGGUGUUUUUUGGGCAUCAGGCACCAUUUUAUUGAUGGGAGUUCAGCUUUUUGGCAGAUUUAUCUUUUAGGCGGGGUUCUGGAACAUAACCCGUCGUAUGAGUGGGGCCCUACUCUAAUUAUAGUAGAACUCUGCAUGUGCAUUACAGCCAAGCCCUGCAAACGUCCAAUAUACUCUUCAUAGUUCCAAGUAUGGCCAGAUGCUGAUUCUCUCCUGGGUUUUUUUAAAAAUAGGGCUUCUAGUGGCAGUCUGGAUAACUUCUGCAGAUGAUCACUGUGUACCAAGUGAAAAGCUAUUGGCCAGCAAAGUCUUUUUGCCUCUCUUUUUGAAUUGGUGCUAAAAAAAGCCAUUAUGAGGGCAGUAUGAACUAGGAGAUUCCUUUCAUUCCUGUGCAGUAUCAAGCUGGGCAACUCCUAAUGUUCAUGGUUUUGGGGAAAGGCAGGUUGUCCAGUUGGAUCCUGUAGCCUGAGAACAAAAUGAACUCACAGUGUGGCUUCAGGCUGAGCACUACCUCAGACUAGUCUGGUUACUUAGUGAUAUUUGAAAUCCCACAAUAUAAAGUGUGCUUAGAAAAUAAUUAUGGAUAUAUUGCAUUAUUAAAGAGCCCAAGCUAAUUUUUCUACAGACAAUGCAAGGAAUUAUCUGAAGUGGAAACUAUUUGCAGUGACUUAAAUUUAAAAAUGUUAUGUUAACAUACUUUUUGCUUGUGUUCCUUCUCUUCUGUCAAGAUUGGAGUAGUUAAAGUCUGGUCUAAGCUUUACCACUGUUAACACUGUUUAAACAUUCUGCUCAUUGUACAUGAAGACAGCUCAAACACAAUACAAAUAAAGCCUAUCUUUUGACUA